GCUAGUGCUGUGAAGGUGGUUGUUGGAGACUUGCGCGCCCGGUUUGCCAAAACGACGCCACCUGUUGUUCUUGUGCCUUUCGGUAAGGUGUGUGUUGUUUUUUUUUCUUUUUGGUUUGGUUUCGUAUGCCUCUCGAUCGUGUGCAUCGUUGAAGAAGGCCUACAAAAUACUUUCAACAGUUCCCGUUAUAAUCUGGGCUGCUGGUUGUUGGUGGUUUUGUUGUUGCUGUUUUGGUUGCGAUCGAGUGGAUGUUUUCGGCAAACAAUUUGAAUGUGCCCCCCGGUGGUGAAGUGACGAACCCCUUUAGGGUGAAGAAGUGACAUCACGGGUGCCAGUCAGUGUCGUGUAGAAUCCCUCGGGUGAGCUUCGUGGAUUGUUGUGAGAUCACCAACUGAAGGGACUAACUUCUAGGUCACCUCACAAAAAUUGUUGUCAUCUUUGUGGAGGACCUUUGCCGAAGGCUGGAAACUGUUGCGUAGAAAUUUGCUGGGACCCCAGAAGAGUUGAAAAAAGGGAGAAAACCUAUUAGUGUAAUUUCACCUUAUUUUUUCGCCGCCGCCGUUUUUGGAUCUCGUGUGUGCAGCAAAAUGCAAAAGGUGAACACGGCGACGACUCGUAUCUCGUCGUACUACUCGAGUCCGGGGCCUUGGAGGGUUGCUUGCUAGUAGGAUGGUAACGGGAGAAAUCCGAACCAUCUCUGAAGAAAUCGUCGUGCUCUAAUGGUGUUGUUAUUGGCAGAAAGCAGCUGAUGGCAAAUCGCUGUAGUUGUAGAGCGAAGCAAAAGUAGCAUAACAACAGCAGAAAAAAAUAAUCGGUGCUAUUGGCGGCAGAGAGUGAAUCAGAAACAUAAGAAGCGAAAAAACACUCCUCGGGCAUUCGAAGAAUUCUCAACAAAACCGUGAUCUAAGAAAUAGCACGCAGACUGACUGUGUCCUACUACUUUUCAGUGGGAACGAAAGUCCAGUAACCGGGAUUGGAUCCCGACGACAAGUGAUCGUAUCAAUCAAGAACACCGCGAGCUUUCUUCGCCCUUUCAGGUUUUGAAUUAUGAUGAGUGUUUGCGACCUUAAGGCCUCGAAACCGCAAACGCGGACGACGUGAAGGACAAUCCUCAGAGCGACCGAAGUGUAAAAGUAUUGGCGUCGUUCCGCCUAGCAAAGGCAGAGAAGAAAAUAUCAAGUGACACAUUUAUCAGACUAAAUCCACCUUUCUCCCCAAGCAAGAGUGAACUCCGAAGACAGCAGGAAGAAGGCGUAACCAAUUCUAACAGUUGUUUCCAGACCAACCAAGAUCAUCCAACAUCCUCGAUUCUCCUUGCGCGGUGCGGCGGGAAACUAUUAACUAUAGGCAUAGAACGGCCAGUUGUGCUGUGUGUGAAUUGUAACGCUAAGCUUUCGGCAUCUGCUGCGCUAAAGCGCAACUCCCAAUAAGAAGCGGUACGCUACCAUAUCACCAAACGCCUCUGUCUACUUUCGGAUAUCUAGUUUUUAAUGGAAUCGGAAAAACUUUUCCGGAACCGAAAUCAACACCGUGAAGAACCCAUGACGGUGAUGGCAGCUGGGCUGGAAUAGUGUUUUUGACCUCAACGCAGCUCCCCAAAAGUCGCAACUGUGGAGAAUAAUUAAGUGCAUAUUUUUGCUAGUGGCAUGCCCGAAUUGAAUUUUUUCUACUCUUUCGGUUGAAGGAAGUGUUCCGUAUGUGUGAUUUUUUUUUUUCGUGCCUGCUGCUAACAUUUCACGGAUGGGAGCAAAAUAACCCAAUAAUAAUAAGGCAGCAGCAGCUCAUCCCCUCACUGCUAGCGGGAAUCAAACAGCAGAUGUGUUUCGAUUUUUAUGAUCCAGAACCGGUAACUUGGGCGCCUUAAGAGUGUGUUGUUAGUUUUUUUUUGUUGUUAAAAUUUAACGGGUACCAUUUCCAAAAAAAAACUGGAAAGAAAACAGAAGAAAUAUUACCCGAUUUCUUAUGCACAUUUUUAGCGGCAGGAAUGCGCCAAUACUGCCCCGAUUGAAGAAAAAAAAAUAAGAAAAAAUCAAACACCGCAUGUGAAUAAUUUCGAUUGACGUUUCGAUGCCGAUGCCUACUGUGUUUGUGUUGCUGAAGUGAUGUGGCGGGAAAUCAAUCAUUUAUAAUACCACACACGUGAAAGUAAAGUACGUACUUCAUCCUUCAAUCAUCAUCCCGACGCAGCAUGGCUCGUCGAUUGGUUCAAUAGUGAAAUCUGGUUAAACAAAAAAAAAAUCGACCCGUAAAAUGGCUCCUUCCCAGCUGGAGAGCGGCAGCGUCGGCUAACGGUUCAACUAGGCAGCGAUGACGAAGUUCCGGCAGCUUCUUCGAUACGACCAGCAGAGAGCCCGAUAAGGGGACCACAUCUCACAAAAUGAGCCACUCGAGCUGCAGCGGCUUCUUUGGGUAAACUCAUUCCCACAGUCAAUCGGGCCAAAUCAGCAGCCAGUAAGCCGAACCCUUCUUGGCCGGGGUUUUCCCGGAAUAGACACGUGACCUUUUAGCGCGCAGAAACACAACAACCGCGCGAAAAUGGGUAAUUCGGGUAGCAUGAACGGUUUGCCCGGGUACGAGGAGGCGUACCAUCAUCCGAACUACCACCAUCAAUAUCAGCGGUACCACGAGAUGAUACGUGCCGGUGGACCACCCCCAAGUUGGCUCGAGUCCUACCAGCGGGAUCUUCGUGGAGGCGGAAACGGAGGCGGAGGACAUCGUAGGGACUUUGAAGGGCGCCUCUCCAACGGCCAUCUGGAUAUGAUUCAUCGUGAAUCUACCAGUAGCGGACCGAGUCUUCCGCCACCGAUGAAGGUCCUGCCGGAUAUUCCCGGCCGAGUGGCCAAGCUUCGUCCGACGAAUAAUGGGAACAUUCUACACUCGGGCGGCACGAUCAGCAAGAAUAACAACCUCCAGAGAUCGAAGAGUAUCUCGUCGCCAACUUAUCAGCAACACCAACAGCAAAACAGUUUCGACGAAUCGGAGGAGCAUGGCCAUGUGCCAAACUCGUUGCCCCCGAUGAUGGCCAUGCAGCGAUCGCGCACCCAAAUCAACAUGAUGACCCCCGGGAUGAAACAGCGCGAAAUGGAAGAACUCUCGGGAAGAUCCCCCGGGAAUGGUCCACAACCACGCGGUGGUUACGCGACCAAUCAGCAGCGGAAGCAAAGCUACGAUCAUCAUGGCGGAGGAACGCUGAACCAGAAACGGUUCGGUUCCGAACCGGAUCUUCGGGUGGCAUCGAGCGGAGGCGACAUGCAGGACGGUGGUGGUGAAUUCGGUGGCCAAGCUGGAGCUGGGAAUAGAAACACCAAGCCGGUACAAUCGAAGAUCAUGAAAGGGAAAAACAAGAAGAAGGCCGCUCCCGUUCCACCGGCUGUCGAGAAGCGCGAGCAGGAAAUCAUCGAAAGGCAGCGCAUCAUAGCUUACUCGCCACUACGCAAGACCAACUCGGAUGCAUCCUCUACGCUGCCAUCGUCGGACAGCAACAGCAAUCCGGCUCGAAAAUUGCGCCUCUUUAAAACGCGUGCCGAAACCAAGAAGAACCUGAACAUCACCAAACUCCCCGAAGCAUCCGACGUCAAAUAUUCGGCCAAAAACGGUCCCCCAACAAACGGUGCGACCAACAACGGUGGUGCGGGAGCCAAAAUGCACCUAUCCCCGAUCGCGAGUGGACUUGGUGGCUACAACAAACCCGGCAGCCGUGGUAAGGAUCCCGAGUUCAGCACCGGAACUUUAGACAAGCCCCGAUCCAGACUAAACCCAACGUCGUUUUUCCGUCGGGAAAAAACCUUCGACAUUGGAAUUCUAGAGCGCGAACGAGUCCUGCGUGGCGGCGGAUCGAACAAUGCUACACAGGUGCCAGAAAUCAAACCGACCAUGUCGCCACCGAUUUCCAGACGAAAAUCGAUCGUGAAAUCCCUGUUGGAGAAAGAUCAACAACAGCAAAUUCAGCAGCAACAGCAACAACAAGUUCAACAGAGCCGAGUAACUUCGGUGGAACCGAAGUUCAAACCUAAAAUACAAGAAGAUAAACGGAAGCAUUCGCAAAUUUCCACUACUGCUCCGAUGACCGACUUCCAAAAGGAGUUACAUCUCGCUACCAGGAAAAAGUCCGUCGUCGGUGGAAGUAAUCCGAAUCUUCUUCAACCCCAGCAGAAAUCAACUCCGAACCAACGUAAAAUAUCGGAAACCAAGCAAAGUAUCAAGGUGGAAGCUGCUCCUGCUAGCAACUUGAUUACAUCGGUCGAUACACAUCAACAGCUGGACAAGGAAAGGGAAUUGAGCUCCCUGAGUCCACCACCUCCGCCACCGCCAUUGCCAAAAACGAGUUUCUACUUCGGGAUGACCUCGUCGACACCACCAGCCCACCCAAAUUCGACUGCCCCGAAAGACAACUCCAGAAUUUCACCGAAUCUGCUUCUAAAGGCAAAGAUGAUCGAAACACGCGUAGACGAUUCCGAGGAAGAGGACAGCUCCGGAGACGAUCGCCAUCAGCUAGCCAUAAUGCGCAACGAUCAUCACGAGCCGAUGGAAGAUACCGAGAUGGACAAAACUCAGCUGGACGUGAUCGAUCGCUUUGCCGCCAGCCUAAUGAAUGGGACAAAGUUUGCGAGCGGUUCGGAUUCUGCUGCCUCGUCUGAAGUUGAUGUGCGACCGUACGGUGUCGAGCUGGACUCCGAGGGGCAGGAAAUCUCGCUAAAGCUCAGACCGACGCUGCCUCGGAAACAGUUCGAAAUACCACGUUUCAGUCCGGCAGCCGCUUGGAGGUUGCUGACCACCGAAGAUGACUUCGGACGGGAUGCGACUGAACUGUUCCCUUUCGUCGAAAAGAAGGCAGCAAUGAUGCGCAGUUUGGAAGUUGUAGACGCCGCCGAGGAUCGUAUCGAGCGAAUUUAUCGGGAACCAAUACCUGGGUUGCAAGAUAACAAAAGCGGAGACAGCGGAAUAUCCGGGGACGCCGGUCUACCCGAGCUUGGCGAAGCGCAGCUGCUGAAUUCCAGCAAGGAACGUGAUUCGCCCGAAAGUAGUUCACCGGUUGACGAUACGAGUGGCAAUAAUGCGUGGUCGGCUAACGCCAUAAGACUCACACCGUGGACUCCGCAGCAGGACCUGGAAGACGAUGAUGACACCACCGGAAGUAGCGAUAACCGACAGCUCAUUGAAGAGAGUCCCCUCAGCAGUGGACCAAACGAUUUCUCCAGCAAAGGACACCUGUUCAGCCUGUCCCUGCCACGCGAGAAUCAUCUUUCGAUCUACACCGGCAAUGGUAAUGGAGAGAAGAUCGAGAAGCAUAUGUUCAACAGUCUCCAGAAGCUGCGUAAAUCCGUAUCGGAUGCAUUCACUAGCGAUGCGGACAUUAGCCCUCUGGAAAGUGGAGACAACUGGUUUCUAUCACGACUAGAACCUCCUUCAACAACGAUACCCAUCAGCAAUACGGCUUACGAGAAGCGCCAGCUCAGUCCACCACUUCCGAAAAACCCUCCACCCGAUACUCCGACCAGCAACGGCCUCAACAAGGACGAACAAUUUGCUAUCAAUCCCAGCAGCAAGCACGCAGCCAUCGGUUAUCUGGUCAGUGGCAAGCACAUGAUGUACCUGCCGAAGGAAGCCACCAAGGUCAUCACGACAAGCAACGGCAAAAACGACCAGAACAAUAAUACCGUGCCAGAAACGACGACAAUCUCCACCCCAUCCUCGAUCACCGCCAGCAAACCUCGGCAUUCUGACCAUCACCGCAGGGACGACAAGGAAAACAUGCAGGACCCCAUUCCAGACCUCACGACUUCGACGUUGGGUCCGACAGGCGGCGAAAGUUUUCCGGUGAAAAUUUCCCACCGCAAGAACCAUCGCUUCACCUUCCAGAGCACGAUCCGGCAGAUCGAGAAGCGCCGGGUGGCCGAAAAGCUGUCGCGCGAGGCCGAGGUCAAGGAGGCAAUGCGGCUGUGCGAGCUGGAAGCGAUGCGCCGCGUCGAGGAGGAGUUUCAGAAGAAGCGGGCCCGCGAAAAGGCCUCCAUUCGACACCAGCUGCGGCUUUUCUCAAUGGAGGAAUCCGACCUCCCGCCGUACGAUGGUAACAACGACGAGGAGACCGGUGAACCCACGAAGCGGAUCGAUCCCGAACCGGACAUCAUACCGCAGGCAGCGCCACCCAAAACUCCCAACGGAUUGUACCGAAAGAAAGAUUCCACACUGGAGCGUCCAUCCUGGAACGGUGGCGCCGCCAAUGGACAACAUCAGCAAGCUCGGCGUCUCAGCCAGUCCCGUUACCAUGGAAGCACCCUGGAGCGUAAGUAUUCCAAUGGCAGCGGUGGCGGCGGCCAGCAGGAUUUCAACAACGGCGGGUGCUAUCCGUACCACACUCAACAGCAACAACAACCGGAGGUGGCAGACGAUGACGUGGAAAGUAGCCUGGGUUACGUCGACACUCGAACGCCCUACAUCUCCCGGAUCAUACAGGCCAAGAGCAGCAAAAGCUACGGGGCAGUGACAACGGCGUGUUAUUCACUCUCGGGAAGAGUUGAAUCAUCACAAACGGAACGAAUCCAAAUCCACUUUUCGAAAGAUAAGCUUGGUUCACAUAUCUUGAACGCAUCGACAUAUAAUGGACAAAGAUUGAAUCUUUCUGUAGCAAAUCUGACGCAAUUUUGUUAUUUCACUGCUUUGAUUUGCUACCCCAAGGUUAGAAAGGAAAACCUUUUCCGCGCAAUGGCUACAAUCGAUAGAACAGGAACAAGGACAAAGAAAAAAUCCAAAUCGAAAUCAUUGAUUUUACCAGAUGUGCCCACCGACGAGCUUGUUGAGAUAGAAGAUGGUUUCGUAGAACCGUUGUCAUCGGUGGAUAUAGAUUUCCCCAGCACCUCAGCGUCCGAAGAAGCACCAAACGUCGGUAUUUCGAAUCUCGGCGAAGACUUGAAUCAACCAGAAAAAAAUCAGGUCAUUUCUGUUGAUCUUAAUAAUUUAAAGCAUACAUCCGAUAUUGUCAUCCCCGAGGAAGUUUUGGUUGACGAGGAGGAAAAAUCUGUGGAGGCCGUGGCACCUUCGGCUCCUCUUUUCGACGAACCGCCGAAAGUUUCUCCGAUACGUGUUUCACCAGCUAAAAUUUGUUUUAAUUUGCCCGAACAAUCAAUUUAUCCAAAUUUAGAAAAUUUGAAACUAACCGAACCGACUCUCGAUGGAGGUACUAAGAUCGAUCUGGAAAAACCGAAACCAUUCACUCGGGAACAGUUGACUCAGUUUUAUCGGGUGGACGAUGAAUUACGGCUUGCACAUGCAUUCGAGCAAGAGUUCAUCGCUCGUGAACUGGAUAGCAGCGGACACUCGCACAACCAUCCGCUGUACCAGUUGCUGCAACGAUAUGCCAAGGCGCGUGCUCAGCACAAUCUCGCGAUGCUGGAAUACGAAGCCAUGCGGCGAAAAACCAAAACCUUGGCCAGUGAACUGUGGACCAUGCAGGAACAAACCUACAUCGGUCAAGGCACCUGUGCGGACCAGAAAUUGGUGCAGUCCAGUUACAGAUCUAGCGUUGCCAUCCUACAGGAGACCACUCUGUCUGAGUUCACAAAUUCACUGAAUCUCUUGAUGAAGCAAACAUGUUUCCAGUGCAGUCAGUAUGCAUACGAGGUUGACCUCACCAGAAUCAAGAUAGAACAACGCAUCUACGAAACACUCAAUAUACACCCUCACUUUACCAACCUGUUCCCCAAUGCACCAGUCACGCUCAACCCAUCAUUCGAUCCGGCCGAACUCGGCGCAGCGAUCGCAGAGCUACGCCUCAGUGUAUCGAUACUGUUUGACUUUCUCCGCAAAGGGAUCACUGAUAAACGGUUUCUCAAAGAUGUCAAGUCUUGGACGAAGCAGCUUGUUGCCACACAACUGAGAAUUGCUACCGUGCACGAUCACCUUUUCAUUUUGUUCCAUAUACUGAGAUGUCCGAACGGGAUAGCAAACUGGGCCAUCCCGCUCCUUCAGCUACCCAUCCAGGAGAACAUGUCCUGGGGAUGUUCAGAGUUUCAACACAUUAUGGUGGUGAUGGCAUUUAUUCUACUGCCGAUCGCAAAACGUAAUGAAUUUCUGGAGAAGCUUAAAGUGGACAUGAAUCGUUCGAUCGAUGUAGUCCAGGAAGAAAUGUGGGCCAUAGUGGAUAGCGAUGGAGAAGAUUGCUCGAGUUCAGACACGAUUUCCGAACUCAAAGAAGAUGACCUGGUGGCAUUAAUCAACCAGGUCCCGUUUGCAAAUGUGUUUCAGACUAUCGCUCAAGUGGAGUUUCGUUUAGAUGGUAAUCUACAAUUGAAAAGUGAAACUAUCAACUCGAGCUGUCUACUAAGAACAAUCGCAUUCGGAAACGUAUUUGUCGAACUGCUAGGAAAAGGUUUGAUUACCUAUCAAGCAGAUCGGUAUCGACAGUUUGCUAAAAGGUUGGCUCGGUUGAUCAAACAUACCGUAUUCUACAUAAGUGACCUUCAACGGCUGUACCUAGAUCGUAAACAAGAAACCCUGACCUAUGUGGAUCCAGCCCAGAAAGCUCGUGUAGCCAUGGAACUUGAUCUGUUUGUGAUUCGAGCUUCACAGUUCAUUUAUCAAUCCAGGAAGAUUGGUACGUGGCAAUUUUUAACGGGCCUUCCAUUCGAGAUGCUCAGUAUUGAAGCUAUCUGGAAGUUGUACUAUUGUCUUCAUUUGGACGAAUUUAGUGAUCACUUAAUAGCGGAAACAAAUCGUGAUUUUCACCUACUCUGCAUUGGUGAGGAAAGUCGGAAAAAAUUUAGAAACGGCUUACUAGAAAUGCCUUCGGAAGAUUUGUACUAUUUGUUGCAGGUUUUUUCCAACAUGGCACUGUCAAGAGAAUCGAUAGAUAUGCAGUUUAUUGAAACUGUCGUCCUGGAUUUGUUUGACAUUGGUUACCUCAACGAAUAUACCAAAGACUUUUGCUACAAAACCGUGAAAGAUUUGCUCUACAAUAUUGUGAGCAAAUAUCCGCCGUUGAUUUCAAACAUACUUAAAACGCUAAAGCAGGAAGUAGCUUCCGCAGAUCAUUCGACAAUGUACAUCUUCAAAUCGUUACCACUGGACAGGUGGCAUCCCACGUGGGAUGAUUUCGAACUUCUUGCUAACUGGAUCAUGAAUCACAGUUUCGACGCACUUCCCAAUUCAACGGCCAGAGUGAUCUUAAUUCAUCUGAAUUAUAACUUUAACGAGAAUAAUGAACUCUUUCUCACGCACGAUAUUCAUGUCCGGAUAGCCUGUCUUGUGAUGGAAGUUUACAACAAACAUGUUCCGGAAACAUUGGGAACCUCGCAGGGAAUCGCUGCAUCUGUCGGUAGUCUCGUCAAAAACAAAACUACUCGGGAACAAUUUCUUACGUGGUGCUGGAAUAUGGUAGGAUUAUUGCGGCUUCAUUCAAUGGAUCAAAGCUCUUUCAUAAUCACCGAAAUGAUGAAAAAUCCAGCGCUUAUUUUAAGACAUAUUCUUGAAUUGGAACGGGCUCAACAGAUCUACCAAGGUGUGACAGAGAACCGGCCUUUGGCUGUAUAUUUAGCUAUAUUGAUCAGCACUUGGGGUCAUUCGGUACCGCAGAUCUGUCACAAAGGAAUGGACCAAAUUCGGCUGUUGCUGAACGAUCAUCGAUACUCGGUUGUGAUUCGAUGUUUGCAACUCAUAACGCCGCUAUUUCUGGAAUGUCCCGACAGCCUCAGUCGAUGUGAUGCAUUCAAAGCCAUUUUGCAGACAUUGAUCGCCUCCGAUCGGAACUACGCUCGCGUGACGAAGGAUCAAUUCCCCUUGGAAUCGACUACUCCUGUGACAGAAAUGAUCAGGUGUAUGAUCAUGUCGCAAAUUACCAACUAUGUACGGUAUGGUUUGAGUUCUCCGACGCUGUUAAUCAACGUUUGGUUGCUCUGUUUGACUGAGUUACCCAAUUGGACAAAAGACGGGGCCGUUCUGGCUAUACUGGAUGCCAUGUUUGGAGUCGCCUAUCAGUUUCCAGAUGCAUGGCAUUCGCUGAAGGAGUUUUUUCGACCGUACUACACACGUUUCGACGAGAUCAAAUCCAACAAAUCAUCGGGAUUGUUCAACCGAUUUAUUGCUGCAACCCAGUACGAUAUGUUUACAACGCCAUCCCCAAACACAGCUUUUCUCUCGAUAUUUACCUUGGAGCUGGAGUUCGAAAUUGUUGAAAUUCAAACACGCAUCUGGCACGAAAUUCUGCGAACUUUGGGUCUGAACAACUCAACCCGGGCGUCGCUCGACUCGGCCAUCAAGAAAUCGACCUCCAUCCUCGGAUAUCCCUCGUUUCCAACUAACUGUUUGGCUUUAUAUAAAUUGGCGAACCUAGUCAGUAGCUGUUCCAUUAAAAACUACAUGUAUCCCAUCGUAUGUCAACUGUUUUUUACGGUGUACCUUUCGCGCAUACCACUUGGCCAGGACGAAGAGCGGUUCGUUACCGUGUACGGAAUUUCUGAUCGCUUCUACGAACAAGACGUUCCCCUGAUGAAACGCAUUAAAAAGCAACUUUACGAAGCGGAAUGCUACUACAAUGCUGCCUCAAUAAGUGAGAACGAUGAACGCCAACUUUCGUACUACAACCAUUGCGUGCGACUAUUUAAAACCUUGCAACUUUGGUUGGAAGAUACCCAACUCAAUCGAAUGUCCUCAACUACAAUAGACCUGCCGCCACAAUUCGAUUGCCAUCGACUUGCAGGUGUUUUUCGUGGAAAUCGAGAUCACUGGAUUGAAUACGUCGAUCUUCGUGGAAUUCGUAGCGAUCACCGUGAUCACGCUAAUAGUUGGUUGAAAUUAUGUUUCAGGUACAAGAUUACCAAUGUACCGACGUUAAGUUCACCAACCAGAGUGAUAAACUCCAGCCAAACUAUUCAGGAUAUGAGCGAUCCCAAACAGUCUAUUCUCAAAAGGUUAGACGCUGCCUAUGAUAAUCCUGUACCGCCACCGGCUGUUUUCAAGCCUUGCCCGCACAUAAAUCAAAUCGAAUUUACCCGAAAAUCUUCCAGCUCUUGGAUUUCAGUUCUUAAGUCAGAUUUUUCGGUUCUUGAUAGCUACGCGAAGAAAGAAUUCAAUGUAAUGUACAACGAGCAUUUGCUGCUGGACACCAGGUAUAUCGAGCUGAUAAGAAAGCUCUAUGUCAACGAUGAAAAGUGCAUAUACAGAGAUGUAACCUGCUCGGCUUCCUGCACUAGAGGAAAGAAAAUCACCAUCAAAUACAAGUCAGCGCGGUUGGACAAAAACGUUAGCGGUUUGCUGGCUGACAAUCGAGCAUCGCACGAAAGCGUUAUGCUCCGAGAAAUGAAAAUACCCGAACGCGUAAUAAUGGCCGCAGUUAAAGUUGAUGCGUUUGUUCGACAACUGGUCGAGAGAUAUCGCGAGUAUAAACUAAGUGGCGAUACGAACGCCAGCGAAAAGUUGAACAAAAUCGGCAUUUCGCUGUUCUACGAGUUCGUCAACAAAAUGAACGAUUAUAAUCAGCUGUGUCCGCUAACGAAGGAAGCUUGCUCGCAAGGAAUCAGCAAUUUAGGGUUUAUCAUGCAGGAGAACAUGAACGAGGAAGGAAUCAAUUUGCUGAAUAUUGCCCUUAAACGAAACGAUCUAGUCAACCUUAUUACGGAGCUGCUGGUACCGGUGAAAUGCAACCCUCAGCAUUACCUGCGGUUGUACAACUUUAUCAUCGAAUCGCAUAUCAAGAAAUGUGACACUCACGUGCUGUUUGUGCUGUUAUCCAAGUUUGAUACCGUCGGUUGGAUGAAUUGCUACCGACCGAAGCUGAAUGAUGUCAAUCAGCUGGCCGGUAUGAUCAUGCAAGGCUUGGAAGGCUGGAAUCAACAGAAUGCCGUCAUGAUCCAAGAUGUAAGUGACCUGGACACGAUCCUGAUAGGGUUGAACUUUUAAAACAAAUUUCGACUUUUUUUACAGUUACUACAACGCCAUCUAAUGCACCUAUUCGAAUACGAUUUUCCUGAACACUAUGGCGAUAUUUUACAAAUGAGUCUCACCGCCUGCUCGAAGAAAAAAAUCAAACCCGUUAUCGUGCUAGAGCUGAUCAACUCUAUGCGACGAAGAGUGGGGUGCCAACCGCUGGGCCUAGGGCUGGGAUUGGUUGCAAUCAAAGAAGAGUUCCGGAGCUUUGCCACCAAACAGACUAUUCUCUCGUACAAAGAUAUCAUAGACACCACGGUGCUUCUGACCCAACACUUCCAACAGGAACGACUUUCUCACGGAUUACACGGACUGUACCCGAAACACAGCGAAUACUGCGAAGUAUUGUCGCUUCUUUUGGGAACAAUGGGUCAUGCAGCCGUAGUAGCUGCGGUACAUACUUAUCCUGGGGUAUUGGCCGACGACCUAAUCAAUUGGCUGUGGCCAGCAAUGUGUGACAUGUUUUCACCCUGGUUGAUUCCGUACUAUCCUCAGAACAUGAAAGGACAACAGCAGGUUGCAAACUGGAUUCAACAAGUGGCCGGCGAUAGCUCGAUUCUGUCACCCUGGAGCGAAUUACACGCUGACACUGCCUUCCGGAUGGUCAAAGUUUUCGAGCACUGUCUGCAGUAUGUGCUGGACAUGUUUCCCUCGAGUAGUGCGAUUCUCGGUCACGUUUUCUACUGGUACGAGACAAACUUUGCCAACCCUUCGCUCCCCCGAUACGUAGCCGUGCCUAUUCACACUAACCUGAUGAAUCUACCGUGGGAUCGCUUUAGACCUGCACCGGUUCAUAUCCAAUGUUUCAGCCGCAUUUUACAGCAAUUCCUUCCAGAGGGACAUCUUUUUACAGGUCAUAUCUUUAUACGUAUAUCAUGGACGCCCUGGUUGCAGCAGAACAUUCAACUGUGGGAUUACCAACUUCGCUACCAGAUGUUAUCGGCCCUUUUGAUGAUUUUCACCAAAAUCUCUUACGAACCAAAUGCAAGAGAAGGUCUUCGAAUUGUUACACUGCUACAGGAAGCUUGCAACUAUCCCUGGCACCUUCUUGAAUAUCAGGGUGUUGAGGCAGUCCUGGACUGGUUCGUUCUUUCUGCGGAACCUUCAGUGGUUCUGAAAAUGCCAUCGGAAGGCGAAGCGGUGGACAGUGCCGUGUUGGAUUUGCUACAGGUAGCGACGUCAAUGAAAUUCAACGUCGGCAAUCCAAUUGAAUCGACGGCUCUGCAGUCGCAAAUCCAAACUAAACGCAUCCUCUACGUCCGCACGACUGUGCGCCUUUUGAACUCGUGCGGUGCCAAGUAUCAGAAGUUGCUGGGAACAAAACAGGGAAUGCAGGCAUUCCAUAACGCUGUGCUUGGGCUAUUGAAUACAAUCGAAACGGUUCUGUUGCAAAUCCGCACCACCAAGGAUCGUGAAUUCGAAGCGAAAAAUUUGCUGGCAGAAGUUAUCGUUUCGCUACAAUCGCAAGGAGAGAACACGUGCAGAUUAUUUGUAGAAGCCAUCAUACUGUGGGCCGAAAACUGUCGCACUGCCGAUAGCUUGAUAAUACCGUCGAUCCUGGACGCUACAAGUUUGUGCAAAAGUUUCACGUUGAACCAGUAUCUUCUGCUGGAGGCACUCUCUAGCCAUUACUUUGGCAAAACUAUGCGCGAUCGGACAAUGGAUGAUGGGCUCCCUGUACUCGAAGCCUCCUGGUUCCGUUUGUUGAAUAGAAUUGGUUCCCGUGUAAUUAAAUCGUUUGACGAAGAAAGAUUGUUGAAAACCAAAUGCUUCCUAGUGAUUCAUCUGGUAACGCUGCAAAAAUUGUAUGACGCAGCCGACAGCGGAGAAAAGAUCUUGACAAUACAAAGGUUGUUUCGAAUGAUCGAGAAUUUGAAAGUCAGCGAAACAGAGGAAACUAAGCUUAUUCUGUUGUGGGGAUUGAUGACGAUUGUAGGGAUAGAAAUCAUGAAGACAUCAUCUAACGUUGAAAAUCAUCUCCUGACGUUAGCUCGCUAUCUGCAGAGCCUUUCGAGAGAUUCCGAAGGCUGGGGUGAAGGUUUGCUCGGUGCCAUGGGAAUACGGAAGGACGGCAUCAGUAACAGACGGAAAAUCUUGGCCAAGUGUUUGUCUUGUACAAUUUUUCUUCUGUUUGGAGAAACGGUGGAAGCUACGGAAGGACCACUUUCAAUCGACACCAACACCCGGUGCCAGGAAUAUGUACAAGCGAUGGCAGAUCUCAAGCAGACACAGAUAAACAAAAAGUACACGGAUCUACACAUCAAAAUUCGUGCCGCCAUAAAUUUGAUCGAUAAUACCGCCAUGGUGACACACGUUGUAGAAAACGUGUGCAAGAUAUUGAGACUGUUUUGCGAUGACCACUUUUUCCAGUCGGUGGAGGAAGUUUGGAAAGCAUAAAACUAGUGUAUAAGAAUUUAGUUGAACGACGAAGUAAGUUGCUUCUAAAACAGUGAUAAUUUGCAAAAAAAAGGAAUUUCUCUAUGUUUACAAAAAUGCGUUAAUACUUUGUUUAAUAAUUGAAAUGUAUCCGGAAGGUUUAUUGCAAUAUACAAUCUUAUAAACGGCUUACUGAUCUAGCAGAGAAAAUCAAACUUUAUCUGUUAAUCUAUU